CACACUUGCGAAAUACAUGAUGUUGCAAUGUUUGCACUCUAAAUGGGUACUUUGGUCACCUUGGAAAAUGUGGGAUUAUGUGUUGAAUAGGUGAGAGGAUAUCCAGAAGAGGCAUGUUACCAAUAUAUGUUAGGGGAAUAUACAGGUAUUAAGCUUCUGAAAAUACCCAGGCCCUACCGCGAUACUUGCCUGUGCAGACAUCCGGGAGCUUGACAGAUAUAGCACCAGCCUAUUGUUUUGGGCCUACACGUAGAAUACCUCUUUGGUCAGGGUAUGUACUAAACACAUCACAAUGGCACGUAUACUGAAGAGUGAAUUGGGACAUUUCAGGAAGUCUAUCAACCCAAAAAGCGCAGCACUGUUCGACGUAAAUUAUCUGACACGUUUUCUGCUCACGAAAACUGGACCUUUCUCUACAUCUGCUGUUGCUAUGCAGUCUCGUGAAAAAGCGAAACCCUACUCUGAAAUCCCUUCGCCCAAAGGUUUGCCAGUCGUAGGUACAUUAUUUCAGAUACCUUCAGAUCCCGCAAAGCAGCGACCAUUUCUGGUUGAAAGAUGUAAACAGUUUUUUCCAAUUUAUCGCGAGAAAGCUGGUGUUGUGGAUAUGGUGUUUGUGUUUGACAUGCAGGAAAUCGAGAAACUGUUCCGGAAUGAGGCCAAAUAUCCGCGGAGGUUCAACAUGGACUAUUGGGUGAAUUACAGAAGAAUGGCAGGAAAAGCUGAUGGCAUACUGGUCAGUGAUGGGGAGGCAUGGCACAGGAUGAGGAAGGUGAUAGACAAGCCGAUGUUGCGGAUAAAGGAUGUGGCUGGUUACGCUGACGAUGUGAAUGAAGUGGUCACAGACUUUCUGGAGAGACUGGGGGAAAUCCGACAGGGGGACGGGCUGAUUCCGGACUUGGAGAGAGAACUGUUCAACUGGUCUCUCGAAACCAUUGGUAAAAUCCUGUUUGAGAGACGUUUUGGGGGACUGUCCGAUGACCGGGACCCAGAGUUCCAGGAGUUCAUUGACGCCGUGAGAAUCAUGUUUACGUGUACCCUUAAACUCAUACCGUACCCUAUAUGGUUCAGUAAACUGUUUGCGCGGAAGGUGUACCGAGCGCACAACCAGUGUUGGGACGUCAUCUUCAGAAUUGCGAAAAAAUGUGUGGAUGAGAGGAUGAACGAAUUAGCGGCGAUACAAGAUGGCGAGGAGAAGGGAGCUGGUGUAUUGUCGUACUUACUAUCUGAAAACUCGCUCCCUGUGGAGGAAAUUUACUCCAAUCUCACAGAAUUGAUGAAUGGUGCAGUGGAUACAACAUCCACAACCAUGUUGUGGAUGUUCCAAGAGCUGGCUCUGAAUCCGCAUGUACAGGACAAACUCUUGGCGGAAGUGGAGAAUGUAGUGCCUGAUGGGAAAAUACCAACCUACCAAGAUCUACAAAAGAUGCCUUAUCUAAAGGCGGUCAUCAAAGAGACGCUGAGGAAGUACCCAGUUGGUAGCGGCGUCAGUCGUUAUUUACAUGAAGACAUGGUGCUUUGUGGAUACGAAAUCCCGGCAAAUACUAACGUCACCGUGGCUGCCCAUGUGUUGUGUCGCCUGCCUCAAUAUUUUGACGAUCCUGAAGCUUUCAAACCUGAGAGAUGGUUAAGAGGAACUGGGGAUAAGAUUAACCCUUUCUUUUUGAUGGCAUUCGGAAUGGGGACGCGGAUGUGUGUUGGGAGACGAGUUGCUGAGCUGGAGAUGUACAUGCUGGUAUCCCGUCUUAUCCAGAAAUACUCCGUGGAACCGGGAUUUACCGAACCCGCCGUGGAGUCAAUGCAGCUUGUGAUCAGACCAGAUCGACCAAUCAAAAUUAAGCUUGUCGAUAGGAAAGAUCGCCUCAAAUGCUCAAGGAUGGCAGCCGCCUUGUGGAAGAGCAGACCAGGUGAUCUUGUAAGACAACUUUGUCUCAAAGGGCUUGAUUUUCAUGAUGUGAAGGCGGUACAGAUGUUACCAACAGUGACGAAAAUUGAUCUCUACUCAACCUCGGCUAAAUUAGCUCAGCCUGGAAACCCGUCACCCGGGGCGGUCAAGCCAUUCUCAGAAAUGCCCACACCUAAGGGACUGCCGUUGUUUGGUACAAUGUUUCAGGUGCCGCGAGAUACCACAAAAAUGCGCAAGUUUCUCCUGGAGCGAUGUCGCAAAUUCUAUCCGAUAUAUAAAGAAAAUGUGCCAGGAUUUAACAUUGUUGUUCUCUAUGAUGUGGUAGAAAUAGAAAAGUUGUUCAGAAAGGAAGGAAAAUAUCCACGGCGGUUUGAUUUCUUGUACUGGAUACACUAUCGGAAGACCUCCGGGGAGGCUGAUGGCGUUUUGACUAGUAACGAUGAGCCUUGGCACCAGAUGAGGAAGGUGAUAGACAAGCCGAUGUUGCGGAUAAAGGAUGUGGCUGGUUACGCUGACGAUGUGAAUGAAGUAGUCACAGACUUUCUGGAGAGACUGGGGGAAAUCCGACAGGGGGACGGGCUGAUCCCGGACUUGGAGAGAGAACUCUUCAGCUGGUCACUCGAAACUAUUGGAAAAAUCUUGUACGAGAAACGCUUUGGAGGACUAUCGUCUUCCCGGGACCCCGAGAUGCAGGAGUUCAUUGACGCCGUCAGAAUAAUGUUCACCACCACUCUUGAAUUGAUGGUCUAUCCCAUUUGGUUCAGCAAAAUAUUCCUUCGACAGACCUACAACAGCCACAUCCGUAGCUGGGACACCCUGUUUAGAAUCGCCAGGAAAUGCGUAGAUGAACGGAUGAACGAGAUCGCAGUGAAUAAGAAAGGAGAGAAAGCUGCCGGCGUCUUGUCUCAUUUACUGUCCGAUAAGUCACUUCCCAUUCAGGAAGUGUACUCCAACAUCACGGAACUGAUGACAGGCGCUGUUGACACGACAUCGACGGCCAUGUUAUGGAUGUUCCAAGAACUGGCUUUGAACCCGGAUGUACAGGACAAACUGCUGGCGGAAGUGGAGAGUGUAGUGCCUGAUGGGAAAAUACCAACCUACCAAGAUCUACAAAAGAUGCCAUAUCUGAAGGCGGUCAGCAAGGAAACAUUGAGGAAAUACUCCGUGGCCUCGGGAAUCCCUCGUGUCCUGGAGGAAGACAUGGAAUUAGGCGGAUAUCUUGUCCCAGCGAAGACACCAGUCGUGGUGUACAACACCGUAAUGGGCCAUCUUCCCCAGUAUUUUGAGGAACCUGAGAAAUUUAAACCGGAAAGGUGGUUAAGAGGAACAGGUGACAAGAUUAACUCUUUCUCGUUAUUACCAUUCGGGUAUGGAACUCGAAUGUGUGUAGGAAGAAGAGUGGCUGAGUUGGAGAUAAAUAUGCUGUUAUCCCGUCUGAUCAGAAAAUAUUCCAUAGAACCAGCAUUCACAGAACGCGCAGUAGAAUCCAUGGGAAUGAUAUUAAAGCCUGACAGACCAAUCAAAAUCAAGCUGAACGACAGAAAGUAGACCCUGGCGGAACCACUGGUGAUAGAAUAUUUUUUUCCGGUGAUACACUACUGGAGCACAGAACUUGGGGUAUAGCUGCUUAACAGAGGAGAUGAAUAGUCCUACUAUUGAAGAAGGACGUGGCUAGGGUGUAUGCCCUAGCAAGGAGCGACGAGAUAUUGAUACAAAUUCUUAUUUUGACAGUCAUUCCAUGUCCAAUUUUUGGAACGCUCUAAUCUGAUUAUAUUGGCUUGUGUUAAACGAUAGUUUUAUUACAAAGGAGUACAGUAUAACUGUAAAAAAAAUUUUGCUUUUACCAUUUUGACGUUGGUGUAACUACAUCUACAGUGUUUGAUUGAUUACGAUGUAUUUUUGCACAAUAUACUCAAUACUUUAAA